AGGGAAAGAUUGGGUGGAAGCGCGCCCGGCGAGCUCGCCGAGGAGCGGCAACCGUCCGGCGAGGCCGUACACCGUGAGCUGGUGGUUGCUUCCCGGAGGUUCAGGUUAGCACGCCUGCGCUUUCUCUGCCUGCCCUCGCCCGUUUCCCCUCACACUGACUGACCAAGAAACCCUCGUCCUGCAUACGAAAGGCACCAUUUUUAGCAGAGCUUUGUGGUGUUUCGUGCUUGAAAUAAGAUUCUGGUGAGCAGCGUGUCUUGGAUUAUGGUCGUGUUAGGCAUGUGCUCGGUAAUCUAGGGUUUUAAGCCGCGGGAUUUAAUCCGCAAGUAUGUGCUUUUUGUUUUGGCCAACGGGCAAGAAGUAUGCGUUUGUUUUGGUUUGGUAUAAAUUGGAAAGCCUCUAUGGCCUUGAGACUAUGGUCUAUGUGGAAUUGAGAUGUCAUGAAGUGAGAUCUGUUCUGCUCUUGUACUACGGAUAUAGCAUCUUCAUGGACUGAUAUGGAUAUUUUUUUGGUCUGUUUCAUAAUUACCGAGUUGCUGUGAAGCUAUGGAGCGUCCUGGUGAGCACGAGGAGGAUGACAGCACCAUAGAGGUGUCAGAAUUUGACAGACUGCUCGGAAACGGACGCAAGAAUCGGUCGGAGGUCUGGGAGGAGUUCCAGCCGAUCUGUCUGAAUGGGAGGAUUCAGUUUGCAGUGUGCCUGAGCUGCAACAACCGCUUCUGCUACAACGGAAACAGCUAUCUGCGUCAGCAUCUGAAGACCUGCCCGGCCAAACCGGAGGUGGCGGAAAGGCCACAGGAGGAUUCCUGCUUCCCAAUGGUAUAUGUUCAUCCUUCCCUGUUUAGGUUCUGAUGUAUUGCCUUCUAGUACUCGCCUCACGGUAUCCCGACAACUUAAGUAGUAUUGCACUGUCGCUAGUAGUUAAAAUGGUGUAGUUUGGGGGUCUGGAAUUAUGGAUACAUGUAUGUUUUUUUUGGUAGGACAAUUUAACUCUGGCUGAAAAUAGCUUUUCAUACUUUGUUGCUUAGUUUUGGUGAAUGAAAAUAAUCCAGCUUUGGAUACAUUUGAAUAUUUUCAGCGACGCUUGAGGAUAUAAGCUCAAUUAUUCCCAGCAAAAAACUCCGGUCGAACAAGUGGGAGGGGCUUACGCCCAUCUAUGCUGAGGGGAAAAUCCAGGCUGCAGAUUGCAAUCAUUGCCACAAGCGCCUCGUUAAGAAUGGAGGCCAUCUGGCUCGACAUUUUCUAGCCUGUUCAAAACGAUCUGGGUGUGGCCAGAGUCAUCACAAGGAUAAGCUGUUGCUUCCCAGGACAGUUAAAAUCACAAAAUGCUCUAGCAUGCUCCGGAGGGAUAGCAGCUCUAGUGGCAUUACCCGUCGGCCUGUAAAAGUGGUGGCAGAUGAUCAAUCCCUACCAGGAUCAAAUGGUACAAGCCUGAAGAAACAGAAGACUUCAAGUAUGACUAUUGCAACUGACAUAAGGGCCAGAAAGUUUGGUCAAGAUUCAUCUUAUCAAGAUAUAGCCAAAUUGAUAAUUUUGCAUGGCUAUUCUUUGUCAAUUGUGGAGAAUGAAGAGAUGAGAAGAAUUUUAAAGAAGGUCAAACCUAUGCCUAACACAGUCUCUUUCAGUGAUAUGGAAGAACAUUUAUUUGCUCUAUUUCUGAAGGAUAAGAUACAUGUCAAGGAUAAAAUUGCACUUACCUCACAGCGCGUCUCCCUGUCAGCAAGCAUAUGGACUCAUGAUGGACCUGAGCCAACAGUAACUUACCUCUGUUUGACAGCACAUUUUAUUUCUGAAGACUGGAAAGUUCACAGAAUGGUAAUCAAAUUUGGCAUGUACUUGUGCUCACCUACUAAUUUGGAAAGGACUGUACACUGUAAGGAGGCUUGUGUUCCAGAGUCUGAAAGUGGAUCGUACAAUGUCAUAUGGGAUGCAAUCCGAGAUUGGAAUCUUGACCAGAAGAUUUUGAGCUUGACUUCAGUUGGUGAAAUUAAGAAAGAUGCAAAUACCUCCAAGCUCAAGGAUAUGCUCAUAGAGAAGAGGUGCCUUCCCAUCAGAGGCAAGCUAUACAAUGUUGCUUGUGUGGACGACAUGCUAAAUAGUGUUGUUUGCGAAGUACAAUCAUAUGUACUUUUCCUUGUCGGUGACAUGGUAAAGGAUUUUUUUUGUGGCAUGUGCAUCUUCAUCAUCGACACAGAAGCAGCUUCUUGAAGUUAUUU